AUGGGAUCGGCCUCAUGCAAGAAUCCAAAAUCAUCGGAACAAAACCAAAAAAAAGACGAUAUCAAGAACAUUACUAUUGGUGUAUUUGGUCUUGAUAAUGCUGGAAAAACAUCAACAGUUAAAGCAAUUGAAGGAGCUCCUACUAAAAAUGUUGAACCAACAAUGAGCUCUGACACAUCAACGGUACCAUUUCCAGGAGCAACAAAAGGAAAUAAUAAAUCUCAGGAACGUAUAAAAAUAAUUGAUGUAAGUGGUAGUCAAAAAUUUCGUGAGCGAUCAUGGUCAGAAUUUUAUGAUCAAAUUCAUGGUUUCAUAUUUGUUAUUGAUGCAAGUGAAAGGAAACGAAUCAUAGAAAAUAAACAUACACUUGAAGAUUUACUUGAUAAUGAGAAACUUAAAAAUAAACCAAUUCUUAUUUUGGCUAAUAAACAAGAUCGUAAAGGUGCUAUUGAUGAUGAAGAUGUGCUUAAAGAAAAACUUGAAAUUGAAAAAUUAAAAGCAAAACAUAAAAUUAAUUUUUGUACAGCUUUACCAAUUGAUAAAAACAAAGCUGAUGAACAUAUUCGAGAUGGAUUUUCAUGGUUAAUAAAAGAAAUUGAUACUAAUUAUACAGAAUUAAAUUCACGUGUUAAGAAUACAAAAAAAGCUACGCCUCCAAAACCAACAGAAAGAAAACCUCAAAGAAAUCCAAGAUCCAGUGUAUCAAAUAGUGAUGAUGAAGUUGUAUAUGCAGGAGGUCGAACCAAAUCUCCAGCAUUAACUCCAAAGCAUCGAGAUUUUCGUUCAUCAAAUAAUUUAAGUAUGUUACCAGCUGCAGCUUUGAAUAAACCUAAAACCAAAACAUCUGGAUACGACACAUAUAGUGAAGGUGAAAAUGAUGAUUAUAAUAAAAAACGUUUAGGUUCACGUCCAAAUAUUUCAUCUUCUCCUCCUCCUCCCGAAUCUGAUCGUAAUCGUCCAUUAAAUGUAACAAGUUUAGCAUCAACAAGUGGUUUUAAUAAGAAAAAGAAAGUUAUUGGUGCUAGUAAUACUAGUAAUAUUGACCAACUAAUUAAAAAACCAAGUACUAACGAACCUAAAUCAUUUCGAUCCUCAUAUGAACCAUUUCCAGAGGAAGCACCAUGGUCAUCUUCAAUGAUAAAAACAACAAAACAUGAUGAAAAUAUGCCGCCAAAACCAUAUUCGAAAUUACCGCUAACUGGUGAUCCAAUGAAACGUAAUCUAAGUCCUCUCGUACAUGAUACAAAACCUUAUUCUAAAAGUCCUAUAUCAAAAAAUGACUUCGGCAGUGAUGAUGAUGAUUUAUAUAAAAAAGAAAAACCCAAACCAUCAUAUCCGCCAAUUAAUCGAUUUAAAGAUAAUGAUAAUCUAAAAUAUCCUUCAUCAACUGUGAGUAGACCAACAUCAGGUAGAUUUAAUGCUAAUCGCGAUGAUGAUGAUGUGAAACUUGAUAAUACUCUUCGUCGUUCUAAUUUUACAACUCCAACUAAAGACCCAUAUAAACCAUAUGAUAAUAGUGAUGAUGAAAAGAGUUAUACAAAGAAAACACCAUACAAACCAACGAAAACCUUCGAUCCUGAUGAAGAUCUCAGGAGUAAUGAUAAGAAUAAACCUUAUCAAUCAUCAUUAGAUCGUUUCAAGCCUAACAAUGAUUAUUAUGGAACAACAUCCAAGCCAUUACCAUCUUCAACAACAACAGGAUUACGGUCAAGAUAUGACGAAGAUAAAUUUUCAUCACCAAUAAAUCCAGUAAAUCGUUCGAGAUUUGGUAAUGAUGAUUAUUCGUCACCAUUAUCGAAACCAAAAGUACGCACAACAUCUGACGAUGAUGAUGAUCGUCCAUCAUCUACAUCGAAAUUCAACACACAAUCCAAAUAUGAUAAUAAUUAUAAAUCUCAAUCGAAACCGAUAGUAUCUUCGAAAUAUGACGAUGAUGAUGAUGAUCUUCCAUCGUCAACAACGAAAUUAGGAACUACUUCAAAAUAUGGUUAUGAUAAUACUAUGUCCUCAAAACCAACAACACGUUUGAAACAAGAUGACUAUGAUCGACCAUCUUCCCCAGCGAGAUUAGCAACACGAUCUAAAUACGAUGAUGAUAAUCGAUCAGUUUCACCUAUGACAUCAGCGUCACGUUCAAAAUAUGGUGAUGAAAAUCGAUUUUCUCCAUCUGUGAAACCAAUUACUCGUUCAAAGUUUAGUGAUGAUGAUGACGAUCUUCCUAAAUAUCCUACAAAAGUACCACCUAAAUCCAAAUUUGACGAUGAUGAUGAUGAUCGGCCAAAACUAUCUUCAAAAGUACCACCAUCUCGUUCGAAGUAUGGUGAUGAUGAUGAUGAUCUUCCUAAAUAUCCUACAAAAGUGCCACCUAGAUCAAAAUAUGAAGAUGAUGAUGAUCGACCAAAAUUAUCUUCAAAAGUGCCACUGUCUCGUUCGAAGUAUAGUGACGACGACGAUCUUCCUAAAUAUCCUACAAAAGUACCAUCCAGAUCCAAAUUUGACGAUGAUGAUGAUCUUCCUAGAAAUACGUCAAAACCACCAUCUAGAUCAAAAUACGAAGACGAUGAUGAUGAUCGACCGAAACUAUCUUCGAAAGUACCACCAUCUCGUUCGAAGUAUAGUGAUGACGACGAUCUUCCUAAAUAUCCUACAAAAGUAUCAUCUAGAUCAAAAUAUGAAGAUGAUGAUGAUGAUCGACCAAAAUUAUCUUCGAAGGUACCAUCUCGUUCGAAGUUUGAUGAUGAUGAUGAUCUUCCUAGAAAUUCUUCAAAAGCGCCAACUAGAUCAAAAUAUGAAGACGAUGAUGAUGAUGAUCGGCCAAAACUAUCUUCGAAAGUACCAUCUCGUUCGAAGUUUGAUGAUGAUGAUGAUCUUCCUAAAUAUUCUUCAAAAGCACCAUCUAGCUCAAAAUUUGAAGAUGACGAUUAUAACAAUGGUGGAAGUGCACGAUCUCGUUUUGCAAACAACACUUCUGAUUCAUCAAGAAAUGGAACAAAUAAUACUCGAAUUGGAUCAGCUGCAACUAAUCGAUUUCGAACGAAUGCCAAUUCUGACUAUUAA